AUGAGUGGCCCAGGCGUGGAGAGAGGCGUGAACACCGUACUCGUGUGUCAGGAGAGCUAUGCGUGCGGCGGGUCGGACGAAGCUGCGUUUGAGUGUGACGAAUGUGGGAGUCUGCAGUGCGAGCGCUGCGAACUGGAACUGCACCGCCAGGAGCGCAUGAGGAACCACGACCGCGUGAGGGUGGCCCCGGGACACGUUCCCUUCUGCGACGCCUGCAAAGGAGAGAGUGGGAGGCUGAGGGCUGCCGUCAGGUGCCAGGGAUGUAAGAUCAACCUGUGCCUGGACUGUCAGAAGCGGACUCACGGAGGAGGCAGUAAGAAGAAGCACCCUGUGACGGCCUAUCCUCCGGUGCAGACUCUCAGAGAGCCCAGCGCCGGAGACACCGAGGCUGAGCGGCAGAGAGCAGCUCUGGAGAACAUCUGCAGCUUUCUCCUGGUCGACGAGAAGGAGGAGAUGCAGGUGCGAGACGCGGAGGCCUUUGUGGACCGGCUCGGCUGUGGUUCGGACGAGCUGCUCAAAGUGGUCUCUAUCUUUGGAAACACGGGAGAAGGGAAGUCACACACUCUGAACCACACCUUCUUCCUGGGCCGGGAGGUUUUUACCACCAGUGCGACGCAGGACUCGUGCACCGUGGGAGUGUGGGCCGCCAUGGACCCACUGCAUCACGUGGUGGUGGUGGACACAGAGGGGCUGCUGGGAGCUGGAGCAAACCAGGGCCAGCGAACUCGUCUGCUGCUCAAAGUCUUGGCCGUCUCAGACAUUGUGAUUUAUCGGACACAUGCCGACCGUCUCCACGACGACCUGUUUAAGUUCCUGGGCGAUGCCUCGGAGGCGUAUCUGAAACACUUCUCCAGAGAGCUGAAGGCCACGACCGCACGCUGUGGCCUAGACGUGCCUCUGUCCACGCUGGGGCCAGCAGUUGUCAUCUUCCACGAGACGGUGCACACCAAACUACUGGGCUCAGACAAACCUCUGGAGUCAACGGAGCGUCUUCUGCAGGAGCGCUUCAGGAGGCUGGGGCUGUUCCCAGAGGCCUUCAGCUCCGUGCACUACAAAGGAACGCGCACGUACAACCCUCCCACCGACUUCAGCGGCCUCCUGCGCAUUCUAGAACUCCAUCUGGACAACAACAACACACGCUCGCCCCGAUCAGCCUCCGUCAUCUUCAAAGCGCUGCAGGCUCUAAGUGAACGGUUCAGCGGUGAGAUUCCAGACGAGCAGCUCAACAGCACCUGCUUUUUCCCUGAUGAGUAUUUCACCUGCUCCAGCCUCUGCCUCAGCUGUGGGUCCGGGUGUAGCAGCAGCAUGAACCACCUGAAGGAGGUACAGCAGCACGAGGCCAAACACCGCUGUCGGUACUCUGCUCAGUACGACAACCGCAUCUACACCUGCAAGGCCUGCUAUGAAGGAGGGAAGGAGGUUGUCGUCGUCCCAAAGACCACAGCGUCCUCGGACUCUCCGUGGUUCGGCCUGGCUAUCUACGCCUGGUCUGGGUAUGUGAUCGAGUGUCCAAACUGUGGGGUGAUCUAUCGCAGCAGACAGUACUGGUAUGGGAACCAGGACCCGGUGGAGACUGUGGUUCGGACUGAGAUCCAGCACAUCUGGCCGGGGAGCGAUGGCUUCUUGAAGGACCACAGCAAUGCGGCGCAGAGGCUGUUGGACGGAGUGAAGUUCCUCUCUCAGUCCGUGUCGGAGCUGAGCGUCACUCCGGCGAAAGCGGUCACGUCCUGGCUCACGGACCAGAUCGCCCCCGCGUACUGGCAACCCAACUCUGUCAUCCUGGCGUGCCAUGCGUGUAAGCAGGAGUUUGGAGCCAACGACACAAAGCAUCACUGUCGAGCCUGCGGAGAGGGCUUCUGUGACUCCUGCUCCUCCAAGUCCAGACCGGUGCCUGAGCGCGGCUGGGGUCUAGCUCCAGUCCGGGUGUGCGACCAGUGCUUCCAUGACCGAGCCAUCUCCACAGAGCUGCUGGAUGCUGCACUGGAGGAGGAGGGGGGGACCCUGAUCGCUCGAAGAGUAGGGGAGGCUGUGCAGAACACUCUGGGAGCAGUGGUCGGGGCCAUAGACAUACCUCUAGGCUUGGUGAGGGACGCAGCUCGGCCCACGUACUGGGUCCCGGACCAGGACCUCCACUCGUGCUCAGGCUGCGCUCGAGAGUUCAACGCGCGUCUGUCCAUCCACCACUGCCGCUCGUGUGGUCAGGGCGUGUGCGAAGACUGCUCCCCCCAGAGGAGAGCCGUGCCGUCACGAGGCUGGGACCAUCCCGUACGAGUGUGCAACGCCUGCUGCCAAAAGCCCGACGAGCUAUAG